AUGGCGGACCCCCUCGCAAUAACCGGACUGAUUCUUCAAGUUAUAGAAACCGCGGGCCAGGUAUAUAGAUAUUGCAAGGAGGUCAGGAAUGCCGACAAUGAGAUCCGAGAAUUAUUUGGCGAGCUUUUCGCCCUAAAGGCAGUUCUUGAGCAAAUGAGUAGAGAACGGCAAGGUACUCUAGACAUACAGGAUCCCAAGUCUGCACAAUCACUUUCAUCAGAAUCGUUUCGACACGCCUUGCUCAGCGCGAACGGCGUCUUGAAGGACAUCCUUGACGAUUUGAUGAAAAGGCAAGCACGAGGAAAGUCAUUCUUCAAGCAGUUAGGAUGGCCCGGGAAGAAAGAGAAGCUUCAAGAUAGCAUCGUCCAGCUUGAGCGGCUCAAAAGUUAUUUUAUCUUAGUUAUGGUGAACGAGAACUCGACAAUGGACAAGGAGGUCCUAUCGUCAAUUAACUACUUGACGGACCUGGGAACGCUGAUGAGACAAGACAGUCAAAAGGACCUGCGUCAGAAGAUAAGGGAAUGGAUAUGUCCGUUUGAUGUGGAAACAAGUCAUCGCAAAGCACGGUCUGUAUGCCAGGCUGGCACUGGAUCUUGGUUUAUCAAUGGUCCUUUUCAAAGAUGGUUUCGAGGACAGGAGAAGUCUCGAGUGCUCUAUCUUGAGGGUAAAUCUGGCUCUGGAAAAACGGUUCUCUGUUCGACUGCUAUAGAAGAAGCAAGGAAGGCCACCCAAAGCACAGACUUCAGCCUAGCACUAUUUACGUAUUGCUCGUUUCAGCUCAGUGCUUCCCAGAAGCUGGUCCAUGUUCUUGGUGCUUUACUCGCGCAGCUUUCCGAUCGCUUUCCGCAAGCCCUUGACGUACUGGAGCCUGACUUUAGGAAGAAGUCACUUCCUUCUCCGAAUACACUUCUCCAGAUACUUCGCAAUUAUGCGCGUGAGCUAAAACGGUUGUAUAUCUUUGUCGAUGCUGUUAAUGAGAGCGAUGAGUGUGAAGACAUUAUAGGGACAUUGCUAACCCUCGCAGAAUCUGAAUAUCAGAUACAUGUGAUGGCAACCAGCACUGCAGCUUCAGUGACACUGAGUAAGGAUGACCUCCUGAGAGCACAAAUGAAACCAUCUUCAAAUCAGAACGACAUUCAGGAUUUCGUAAACGCGCAGUUGGAGACACGACCAAGCCUUCGUUAUCUCCCUCCCCACACCAAACGGGAUAUAACUAACACACUUAUAACCAAGGCCAACGGAAUGUUUCGAUACGUUCAGUGUCAGAUUGACCUGCUCAGCGCCCAAGCAACCGGCCGAGGUGUCCGGAAGGCGCUCGCGACAUUGCCAGAAAGCUUAAACGGAACGUACGAAGUGAUUCUUGAACAGAUUCCCCCGUAUAGCCGCGAACUAGCAAGAGAUGUACUUCUCUGGCUUACAUUUAGCCGGCUACCAAUAGCUUUGUCGGCAUUGAGCGAAGCUGUGGUAAUCGUCAAGGAAGAUAAAUUUCUAGACGACGAAUGCAGGCUAUAUUCACCCACAGUCAUUUUGAAGAUAUGCCAGGGACUAGUAGCGUAUGAUGAGGUGACUUCGGUUAUAACACUAGCCCACUCCUCGGUCAAAGCAUUCCUUACAUCCGACGCUAUCAGACAAGGCCCUGCCGCAUACUACAGUUUGCAGGAGGUUGAGGCUACACGAUGUAUCUUCCAGAAAUGCUUGACGUACUUGAUGUUUGAUUCGUUCCAGAAACCAUGCCGAAGCCGACAUGCCCUUAGAAGGCGUCUGAAGGAGUUUCCACUGUUGAACUAUGCUUCCAUGACCUGGGGACAGUAUUGUGGAUUGCAUGCUCCUGCUGGCUUCGCGCUUGGGGACUCUGAAUUGGACGAGAUAAUGGCCUUCUUCGCAACAUGUGCCCUACACAAUGGCGGUAACUUUAGAUCCUGGGUCCAGGUCCUGAUCCCCGAGGCUGCUACUGAAGAGGCUUGGUCCACCGAGCCACUGUACUAUGCGGCUUCAUUUGGGAUGACGCUCGUCGUGGAAAGGCUUAUAAAAAGCGGCAUCAAUUUGGACUCCCCUGGUGGCCGGCACGAUGCCACUGCCCUUACAGUCGCGUCAUACAGAGGGCAGCAGGCAGUGGUCAAGAUGCUGCUUGAUGCAGGCGCAGACCCGAACUUAAAAGAUUGCCAUGGAAUAACAAGCCUCGGAUGGGCAAAGAGGAAAGGGCAUUACAAGGAAGUUGUGCCAAGAAAUGCGCAGCUGGCAGAUAACGACGACAGCGACUCUGACGGUCAUGAGGAGUGA